AUGGUGUUGAAUGUUCGUAACAAGCUCGGGUUUAUUGACGGCACCAUUCCUCAACCUCCAUCUAAUCAUAGAGAUUCUGGAUCUUGGUCUCGCUGUAACGAUAUGGUAGCAACGUGGUUGAUGAACUCUGUCUCAAAGAAAAUAGGUCAGAGUCUUUUAUUCAUGUCAACCGCUGAAGCUAUUUGGAAGAACUUGAUGUCUCUUUUCAAGAAGGACGAUGCACCUCGCGUAUAUGAGAUUGAGCAACGCUUGAGUACUAUCCAACAUGGUUCUAUGGAUAUCAUUACGUAUUAUACUGAACUUGUUACUCUUUGGGAAAAGUACAAGAAUUACGUUGAGAUUCCAGCUUGUACAUGUGGUAGAUGCGAGUGUGACACUGCUUUGUUAUGGGAUGAAUUGCAGCAGAGAAGCCGGCCAAUUCCGAGUAUUGAAGAUGUGUUCAAUUUGGUCACACAAGAUGAGCGUCAAAAGGUUCUUAAACCAUCUACUCUACUUGAUAAUGUUGCUUUUCAGAAUUUUGGCCAUGUUGCUAUGACACAGAAUGUUCCUUUGGGAGGUUCGGAGACUGGAGUCUAUACUGGACAGAGUUUAUACUGGACAGAGUGA